UAUAAGGGAAGUUUGACAAGUUCCCCUCAGUUUCCCUCCUGGUCCCAAACUUGGAUUUCAACUCCUCCAGAGGGUGAUUCCAACAGGUGGCGGAGAAAGUGCCUCUGGGCCCUCUUCUCUUUCUCUCUAACUUCCAGCUCACGCUCCCUGAGAAUGGGUGACUGGAGUGCUCUGGGCCGUCUGCUGGAUAAGGUCCAGGCCUACUCUACUGCUGGGGGGAAGGUCUGGCUAUCGGUCCUCUUCAUCUUCAGGAUCCUGGUUCUAGGUACUGCAGUGGAAUCAGCCUGGGGAGACGAGCAGUCUGCCUUUAAAUGUAACACCCAGCAGCCUGGUUGUGAGAAUGUCUGUUAUGACAAAUCCUUCCCCAUCUCCCAUGUUCGCUUCUGGGUCCUCCAGAUUAUCUUUGUGUCGACGCCCACACUCCUCUACCUGGCUCAUGUCUUCUAUCUGAACAGGAAGGAACAGAAAUUCAACAGGAAGGAGGAGGAGCUUAAAGCCGUGCAAAAUGAUGGAGGUGAUGUUGACAUACCACUGAAGAAAAUCGAGAUGAAAAAGCUAAAGUAUGGCAUUGAGGAGCACGGCAAAGUGAAGAUGAAGGGAGCCCUGCUGAGAACCUAUAUAGUCAGCAUUUUCUUCAAGUCUAUGUUUGAGGUGGGCUUCCUGGUGAUCCAGUGGUACAUAUACGGCUUCAGCCUGGCUGCAGUCUACACCUGUGAGAGGUCCCCAUGCCCUCACAGGGUGGACUGUUUCCUGUCCCGUCCCACAGAGAAGACCGUCUUCAUCAUCUUCAUGCUGGUGGUCUCACUGGUGUCCCUGCUGCUCAAUGUCAUCGAGCUUUUCUACGUGUUUUUUAAGAGGAUCAAAGAUCGUGUGAAGAGCAAACAGCCACCCACACUCUACCCCAGCGGAGGCACCUUGAGCCCCACCCCUAAAGAACUGUCCACCACCAAGUACGCCUACUAUAAUGGCUGUUCCUCCCCGACUGCCCCGCUCUCACCCAUGUCUCCCCCAGGUUACAAGCUGGCCACAGGGGAGCGGGGAACCGGCUCGUGCCGUAAUUAUAAUAAGCAGGCCAAUGAGCAGAACUGGGCCAACUAUUCCACAGAGCAGAACCGGCUCGGCCAGAAUGGUGGAGGAAGCACUAUUUCAAACUCCCAUGCACAAGCCUUUGACUUCCCUGAUGAUACCCACGAGCAUAAGAAACUGUCUUCAUCGGCAGGACACGAGCUGCAGCCACUGGCGCUGAUGGACGCCAGGCCCUGCAGCCGGGCCAGCAGCAGGAUGAGCAGCCGAGCCAGGCCUGACGACCUGGAUGUGUGAGGCCCGGUUCCUCCUCCUACCACCUCUACCUGGCUUACGUGAUGUGUGGUUGCAGCCAGAGAAUCAGGAAAAACUCGAUCACAUAGGAGGUGGGGCUAACCUCAAUCACUGUCUUCAGCAUAGAGACUCUUAGUCAAUCAAAGAGACAUUUAAACUUUUUAUGUAACACUGUCAAAGGUACAGGUUUCAAAUAUCCUUUCGAUUACUUUCACCAUAACUUUUUAGUUGAGCUAACCCAGCUUUAAGAGAACAGAACAGCCACAGGGAUGGUGCAGAAGUUACUGAUCAGCUGAGCAGAGGAGCCCACUGGUCAAAAUGACUGAUUUAGUUUCAUUAAAGGAAAGUUCAGUUUUCUUCUUGUUUCUCUCUUCCUAUUGGUUACAGAAUUUUACUUGCCACUGUCAUAGCUGAGAGCUGAAGGGAUGGGGAUGUGUCUUUGUAACAUCUGACCAGAUCAAAAAUGGCCUUCUCUCUAACUGGUUCAUUUACAGUGCUUUUUUCUACUAAUCAGUGAGCGUCGUCCCUGUCAAAAAUAAGGAAAUAAAUAAAAGUAGAAUCCAGUAGGGCAAGAAACAAAUCUCCACAUGUACCAAAUCCCUAAUUUAGCCAAAUGAUCGAAACCAUAUCCCACCACUGUGGGUAAGGUAACUAAACUUUUUAGUUAGAAUUAGGAAAAGCUCUUCCCUAAUAUGUAUUACUGCAGAAUGAUGUCACUCUACCUCCAUGGUAGGUCCUGAGAAAGGACAGUCAUUACAAGUGUAACCACAGCAGAUCUCUUGUCGGUAUCAUGCAAAUAUAGAUUAUCUUAGCUGUUGAACAAAUGACCAGUGCUGUGGUUUUUCAGGUGAGUACCGUUCAUUGCUUUAAUAUAAAGCUGUGCGAUUGCUCAUGGGGACACGGUGCACUCUGUUAUAAAGCUGAAAGGAAUGAUGGCCACAAGGAUGAAAUAUUCACAUAAAACCCAGGUUCCAGUAAAGCAGAAUUUUCCCUCACUGAGACACACACACACACACACACACUUCAGAGAACAUUACAUUGACUUACAUUCAAUUCCUGGAGACUUACCCUAACUUAAACCAAGUCUUCAGUGUGUUUUUUAGGCAUGUUUGUAUUGAAAGAUAGUUCAAUGGACUCACUCGAGUUGCUCGUACAGUUUGGCAAAGAUAAGGCUGAAUUUAUGUGUGAAUCAACAUUAUUAAUCCAUUUUCUUCUGUUUUUACUACAUAAUAACUAUCUUAUCCCACUUCUUAAUAAAAUUCACAUUGUAGUCUCUCAGUCAUGACACAGACAGGAGUUAUUGUGCCAGCACUGUCACAUAAUAAAAGAAAAAAAAAGUGUUAGCCGCUUGGCUCACAGUGAGGGUUUUGGGGAGAAUGCUUAAAACCAUUUGUAGUGAAUAUUUAUUGCUUGGCAUCUGUAGGACACCUACCACUAAGAGGAAAUUUGACUACUAUCCAGUAUCUCCAACUCGCAGAAAACAUCUGACAUUAACUCCCCAUAAACUACAUAUUUAUUGACAGUAAAAACACUUUUUUCUUCAGUAACUUUGUCAGUCAGUGUGGACUGUUGUUUCCUGAUAAACUUUGAAUUUAUGUGGUGUUAUGUUUAAAUUUUGAGGUUUUAUUUGUCUUUUUGGGGGUGUGUGUGUGAGGGUUCAGGCUGCUGUGACAGCAAACUCUGAUCUGCUUUUAUGUGGGUACCAUAAAGAAAGGCUUCUUGUCAUUAAUUUGACUAGUGUUCUUGUUUUUCAUUUUUUGUUGGUGGUAGAGAAAAACAGUAGAAUGAUAAUCCUGGUUUUACAUAUUUGAGUGAAUGCUUCUGUUCUGUAGGUAUUGUUUUGUUUUUCAGACUCUAUGUAAUCGUUGCUGCUUGAGAAAUAGAUAUUUAGUACUGUAAAUCAAGCUAACUGUGUCACAAUAAAAAAUGUGAGUUUUUAGAAGACUGCUUAUAGAUCUGGACUAAUAUUUAGUCAGUUAUAACGUAUGCCAAUGUAGCUCCACCACUACCAAAAUAAAUCUCAAUUUGGGCUUACCUUCUUUUUAUUGUAAUUUUUUAAAUUGUCAUUUGUGCAUCAUUUUGUCGGUACUUACAUGUUACAUGGAUCUUUCAGCUACAAUGGCGUUUGCACUGAGAUCUUGGUAAGAGUUUUCUGAUACAUAUGUUACUAAUUUAUUUUAUAACACAGAAAUCACUUCAGUGCAUAAUAUCAGACAUCUGGCCACUGGUUCUGUGGGAGAUGUCCUCCCUUGACAGAACAAGAGCAAUAGUCAUUUGUUGCAGUUAUUCAGACAAUGCUAAUCUAUGGGGAUCCACUGUUGUACAGUGUAAAUGUAUGAUAGCGAGACAAAAACUCAUUGUGUCUGUGAAAAGCUAUUUUAACCAAUAAAUAUGUUUCUGUUUUAAUCACA